UUUCCUUUAUCCGAUUAUUUAUUAUACAUCUCCAUCCGUCAUAUAUCCACACAUCUACUUCACACAGAAUUAUUGCUCAAAUAAAUGUUAUAUUUGUCUCAAUUUUACAUUCGAAUGUAUUCAGUGACUAUCUAGUUUUCUUUAUUUGUUAUGGGAUUCAUUUAUUCAGUGCGUUUUUCUUUGCAUAUACUAUAAUACGCAAUAUAAAAUAGUUUUGAAAAUGUUUCACUUCCAAUUUCAAUUAGUAAUUAUGAUACCUUAGUUAAGUUAAUGUUAAUGGCAGUUAUUGUAUUUCCAAUACAAACAGACUGACUUUAUUUCUACUGCAGCAUGAUACAAGGGAAAUACCAGGGGGUGACAAAUAUCACCUCCACAGAUUUUUUGGUUUCAUUCACAAACAUUCAGAGCUUUAUUGUAAACCCAUUGGUUUCCCAUAAACGCAGGGUUCAUGAUAAUCGAGGUACUAAACUAUCCAAAACCACCCACAAGCUCAUCUUCAUCUUCAUAGAAAUGCUACUUUUACCAGGAAUGAUCACUCAGGAAGAUGACAGACUGUAAUAAACAAGAAAUUAAACUUGAUCAUAUCAAUAAUGAGAAACUAAACUUCAUUAUGACUGAUUAGCAUCAGUGACAAAUGUGUUUUGUGGCUACUGUGGUUUUACUUCAUCUCUUAUCUAUUCAAUUAAGCGAUUCACAGAAAUUUAAACUAUCUGAUUUAGAAAACGAACAAUGCCAAAGCUGCUAUAAAAUUAUGGUUUUUUUUACAGUAUAUAAAUUGAUAUACUUCUGAAUAGAGUACUGAUGAAUACUUAUAUAUUCAGCAAUAUACAACAUUAUGCCAUCACUUACAUGUUGUUUUUUUAACAUCAGGAGAGCAUAAAAGAAGAUACCUAAUAAAUAUUUUAACUGGUUUUCCUUAAAAUUAUAGUAAGCCCCCAUCAAAAAUGUAAAAUAAACAAAUAAAUAAAAAUGGACAGAACAAAGGCUGAGUAAAUGAUGACAGACGGAAUCUGAUCCUGCAUGUCUGUCACUGCGUAAGAUUGAUGCCCCCUUCUGGCAAAAAAAAAAAGGAAAAGUUGCUUCUGCAAAACUACUAGACAUAAGCUAUAAAUUAGAGUAAACAAAAGGCUAAUUUGAAACGUUACCUCAGCCUUUAAACGCCACGUUCACACAGAAUGCUGCUAUACACAAAACAUCAUAUUCACUAGUUUAACAUCUCACACCUAAAACACUGUAUAUAUUGUGUAAAUGGAUGACGGAUUUUUUUUUUCUUUACAGAAGAUGAAUGCUGAUUCAGGGACCAGCUUCAGUGCGAACGACUUAGACUUCACUAUUUUUAAUUACACCUACAGUGAUAAUUAUUCGUACAGUGAUGGGCUUGUGUGUGAUCAGAAGUAUAGCAUGCACUUUGAUUCUAUUUUUAUUCCGGUCGUUUACUCUGUGGCGCUGGUAGUGGGGCUGGUGGGAAAUGGGCUGGUUCUGGUCAUUCUGUGGAAGAAAAGGAUGGGCUUGAAUGUCACCGAUAUCUUUAUCCUCCAUCUGUGCUUAGCUGAUAUUCUGUUGCUGCUAACGCUGCCCUUCUGGGCUGUAGAGGUAGUGAGAGAGUGGAUCUUCGGCACAGUGCUCUGCAAGAUGACUGGAGCUCUGUUCAAGAUCAAUUUCUACUGUGGCAUUUUCAUGUUGUCCUGCAUCAGUCUUGACCGUUACCUCUCCAUCGUCCAUGCGGUGCAGAUGUAUUCUCGUAAAAAGCCAAUGGGGACUCACUGUUGCUGUCUGAUGGUCUGGCUCUUCUGCCUUCUGCUCUCCAUUCCUGACUGGAUAUUCCUUGAUAUAUACAAGGACUCCAGACGUCAGGAUAAAACACAGUGUGUUCCAGAUUACCCGUCUGAUUCUUGGCGUCUGUCGUCUCGUCUGCUCUACCAUUUGUUGGGUUUCAUUCUUCCAGCACUAGUAAUGCUGUUCUGUUACUCUUCUAUUCUUCUGCGGCUGCAGCGUGGCUCUCAGUGCAAGCAGAAGAAGAGGGCCAUCCGUGUCAUCAUAGCUCUGGUAGUAGCCUUCUUCAUCCACUGGACGCCCUUCAACAUCACCCUUAUGGUUGACACCAUACAAACCAAUCAGACCCUCAACUUCAGUAACCAAACAUCCUGUGAAAACAUCACAUCUUUGGAUAUAGCUCUCACUGCUACUUCCACAGUGGCCUACAUACACUGCUGUGUCAACCCAGUGCUCUAUGCUUUCGUGGGUGUGAAAUUUCGCCAGCACCUGCUGGACAUGCUAAGACCACUGGGCUUCAAGCUGAAGGCCCCAGCGGGCCUGGUGUCCCGGAAGAGCUCUUUAUGGUCAGAAUCAGUGGACACCUCACACACGUCUGCUUUCUGAAAUAUCACAUGCCAUCAAACUGAUAUAUGCAUGACGAGUCAUUUAACAUUUGUUUUAGUCAGGGAUUUUUAAGUCAAGGGUUUUGACUUAAAGUAUACAAACAUUGCCAUUCACACCAAGGACUAUAACUAUAACAAUGACUAGUGUUAAUCAUUAUAAUUGAAUGAGAGGAUGGACGUCCACACCACAGCUAUAACGUACCGUAGUUCACAUUUAAAAUAAUCGAACUUCGUUGGUAUGGACAUCUUCAUAGUCUUUAUAGCUAUCGUUCUUGAAGUGAACAUGUCUUAUGUCUCAUGACAGUGCUUUUUAGCAUGUAAAUCGCAUUAUAAACAUGAAUAUAGAGCAGUCUUGUUUAAUCUAACUUUCAUAUAUUUUUCACUUUGCACAUAUGACAGCCACUGUAGUUUCUCAACUGUUUUGCAUUUCUCAAGCAUAAUGACAUAAAGUGCUUUUCAUUUUG